CGUUACUCUAGGCCCGGUUGGGGAGAGGUUGGUUGGGCCCGAGUCCAGUUUGUUUAUUGUACUGGUGGCCCUACCCCGGCGCGAGCUUCCGUCGCAACUUCCAGGAAGGGAACCAGUAUCGGGGCGGAGGGCAAGGGUGGCGAGCGAGUGAAGGUUUAGAAGUAAGCUGGAGGCCCCUAAGCCUGGCAACACCCGAGUGGGAGCGGCGUGGGAAGGAAGGCCUUGAGAGAAGAGUUGUCAUCCCAGGAAGGGUGACGGUGGAGGAAAGAAAGGCCUAGUUUCUGUUGUGGCAGAAACGGGCCGUGAGGGAGAUUUCCAUGACCUAAUUGUUUGGGGAUCUCAUUUUCUAGUGAUCUACCAGAAAUCGUCAAGGAAUGGUUUAUUUCAGCCACAGAACACCCAGAUCAGCUCUGAAGGUAGACCUGGGCCCUACCGUGGAAAAUUCUGACCUAGGAUUGGGGAAAGCCAGGAAUCUCAGCAUGAAUUGGUCUAGAUCUAGAUCAGAUGGUGGUGGUGAAGAAACCUCAUCUCAAGAACAGAAUCGUCAUGAAAACGAGAGAAGGUGGCAGCAAGAGCGUCUCCACAGAGAAGAAGCCUAUUAUCAGUUUAUUAAUGAUCUCAGUGAUGAAGAUUACCGGCUAAUGAGAGACCAUAAUCUUUUAGGCACCCCUGGAGAAAUAACAUCAGAAGAAUUACAACAACGGUUAGAUGGAGUCAGGGAACAGCUAGCAUCUCAGCCUGACUUGAGAAAUGGGACAAACACCGGAGACUCAGGGGUCCCUCGAGAAAGUUCACGUGAACAGUCUCUGCUGGAAUGGAUCAACACCUUUCCUCUCAGGAGAAACGCAACUCGAAGUGGACAGAAUGGGAACCAGACUUGGAGAGCUGGGAGUCGAACAAACCCACACAGUGGAGAGUUCCAAUUUAGUCUGGAAAUCCACAUCAAUCACGAGGAUAGAGGAUUUGAAAUGGAUGGCGAAGAUUAUGUGGGCGUUCCACUUUCAGAUGUCAGCCAAGAUCACACUACAGAUGGGCCGCAGAGAUCAAGUAGUCCUGUGGCCAGGCGAACAAGGAGCCGAGCUGCAGGGAACCUCAGUGGUAGUGGUGCCAGCGUUCCGAGAGCUAGGCUUGGAUCGAGGGGGCGGAAUUCAGUAGAAGGAUCUUUGUCAGCAUUCGGAAGAUUAAGAAAUGGAAUUGGGGGGGCGGUUGGCACCCCUACAACUAGUGCUCCACGCACUAAUUUCAGUCGUCCAUCAGGUGGUAGUGAACUCAGGCAAAGGGAGGGGCAGCGAUUUGGAGCAGCCCAUGUUUGGGAAAAUGGGGCUAGAACCAAUGUCACAGUGAGGAAUACAAACCAAAGAUUAGAGCCAAUAAGAUUACGCAGUAGCCGAAGCCGGUCACCAAUUCAGAGGCAAAGUGGCACUGUUUAUCCUAGUUCACAAAGGGAAAGUAGACCUUUUCAGCAAACUAGUAUGCGGUCUGUUAGGAGGAGAGGUAGAUCUCGUGUCUUUCCACAGCAAGACCGAGAAGGCAGAGGUACCGCAUAUACUCCAUUCUCUAACUCAAGACUUGGGUCAAGAGCCACAGGAGAAGAAGAAGGAGAGUCCAGCAGGUCCUCCACUGCUGCACGACGACAUCCAGCAGUCACAAUGAACCUUCAACUGAGAAGGAUUCCUCCUGGAGAAAGCAGAGACUGGGACAGUAUUGCAAACAGAACUCGAUCUAGGGUGGGGCUGCCAGAAGACACAAUCACUGUGGAAAGCAGUAGUGGGGGCUUUCGGCGCACCGGCUCUCGUUUAGAGCGCUCAGGUAUGCGAUCCUCCGUCACUACCAUAACUGUUCCUCUUCAUAGGAUUUCUGAGAAUGAGCUCGCUGAACCAUCAUCGGUGGUUCUUCGAUCAAUUGUAAGGCAGAUCGUGAAUGGACUUGGAGAACUGAGUUCUCUAGUGGAGGCCGAAUAUGAGUCAGAGGCUCAGACAAGUGGUCAGCAUCGGCCAGAGACACACUCAGAAGUGAGUCUCCUCGGUGAGGCCGUCAGCCAGCACAGGGGAGGGUCCUCCCAAGGCAGGUGGACCCGAGAAGACAGCCCUAACACCCCGCCUCGUGCCCCAAACAGAGGUGGCAGGCAGUCGCGAAAUUCAAGUAACUUAGUCGAAACUGGCACCCUACCUAUCCUUCACCUUGGUACCUUCUUGCUUAAUGAAAGGGAGGAUGAUGACCGCACACGUGGUUUAACCAAAGGGCAGAUUGACAAUCUUUCCACCCGGAACUAUGAGCACAGCAGUAUCGAUAGCGAACUAGGGAAAACCUGUAGUGUUUGCAUCAGUGACUACGUAACUGGAAACAAGCUCAGGCAGUUACCUUGCAUGCAUGAAUUUCACAUCCACUGUAUCGACCGGUGGCUCUCAGAGAAUUGCACGUGCCCUGUCUGUCGGGAGCCUGUCUUAGGGUCCAGUACAGCAAACAACGGGUGACAUGCUGGAUCCAGUCAAAUGUUGCAUCUUAGUAGAGCUGAGUAUUCAGGCAUUCUUUUGUUGAAUUAUUUGUGAUAAGCUAACCAGGAUGAAAAACAACAGAUGAUUAUAGUUUGAACUAUUUUUUUGUGUGCUUUUUUAACUUGUU